AUGUAUUUUGGGAACUCAUUAAUUUUAUUCAAUUUGUUUAAGUGGAUUCUCUGUUUGUGCUUCUUAUUUUACACAGAAAACUUAUACUCAAAAUAAAGGAUUGUGUAUGUGAAAUCAAAUCUAUUUUUAAAUAUUGAGUAUGUUAUUUAAUUAAAAAUAGAUGUUAACAAUACUAAAGUUUUACUGUAUUUGUUAAGAAAGAGAUUUAUGUGAAUGAAAUCCACUAAAAAUGA